AUGAGUCGAUUAACUACUCCACAGGUCCUGGAUGGUGAGAUGCGCGAUGUAUGGGAGGACCCCGGUCCAGCUAUCACUCUCCGUGCAAGGGACAGGGGUACUGAUGCAUCUCACGAUCGAAGAUGGAACAACCAAGUGUCGUCGUCUCCUUUGAUUCUUCCUCAAGAUGUCAAGCUUCAACUUGAUAUCGAACGAAACGAGGAUGGGGGACCUCGCGGAGAUAUUCACGUGAUAUGUUUAGUCAUCGAAAGAAGCAACAACCGCAAGACUUUUGAAAGACGGCUGGAGACCGUGGACGGACGGUGA